CAAUUUUGCAUGACUUCCGUGCAGUGCCUCGAUAUGAGCUUAUAUUAACAGUAAGUUCGUCUCCCUCUCUCAAUUUGUGAAAUGUAGCCAGGGAUGCCCAUGUGUCAUGAUACUAUGUGACUAUUGUGGAGAUGAAAUUCCCCUAGAAUCACAACAUGUAAUUGUGUAUCACAAGGAUGUGGACGUGCGCUACGUGACACAGCAGGACUGUAUACCAGUGGGCUAUGAUUGUGUCACUGUAUGUGUCAAACGUAACAAAAUCAUCUAUCUCAAUAAGGGGAGCUUAUUACCAAAAGGCUUUGAAUGUGUAACUGUUUCUGUCAGAGAUCGGGUCAUACAGUAUGCAAGGAGAGAAAACUUAAUACCGGAGGGUUUUGAAAAAGUCACUGUGUACACCUGGAAUGCGGACAUAAGAUAUGCAAGAAAAGGGGACAUCCCACCAACAGGGUUUUAUCAUGUUUCUGUCUAUGCAAAGAAUGAGGAAAUAAAGUAUGAGAGAGAAGGUCGUCACAUCCCAGUAGGUUAUGAAGAAGUGGCCGUCUAUGUCAAAACCGAAGACAUACUAUAUACAAGGCAAGGAGAGCUGGAACCGACAGGGUCUGAACCCGCAGACGUUUAUGUGAAAGACAAGGACGUAACACAGGCAGAGUGUCUACAAGUGAAAGAAGUAUUUCACACAGAGUGUCUGGAGAAACAUAUUCCAAGGCGUAAUGAGGCAGCUCGUAAGUUCCUAAUUGUCUCUCCAAGAUCCAAUGUCCUGGCAACUGGCAUCCAUGUCAAGUAUCUAUUUGGGGUAGGGAAGGCAAAACAAGAUAAUUCAAAAAAGAAAAAGGAGAAGAGAGAUUGUAAAGCAGCGGAGUUACUGAGAAAAGUAUCAGCUCUGCGCAACUCAAAAUCUGGAUAUAUACUGAUUCAUUUUGUUGGUCUCGCACCUGGAGAUUCUUUCACUGGCGCAUUUGAUGAGUUUGCUGACCCAAAACUUCACAAUUUGAUUCAAGAUGGAAAACAGUUCUGUGAUGUUUACAGGAAAGCGACAUUAAACAGUCAUUGUGCUUGUAGGGAUUUUGGCGACUUCCUUGUUCUCUAUGUAGGAGCUGCUUCUACUGUGACAACUUCUAGAUUCAAUACCAAGACAACAUUUGAUGACUGCAUUAUUGACAUUCCUGCAGAAACGCUCAGGACAUUUGUUAGAGAAAGGAAAACCUUCAAAGAAACAUUCCAUACAAUUCCUUGUGUGACUCAUGCAGAUGAUCUUCUGAAUGUUCGUGAAAACAGAUCACUUCAAUUGAAAAGUAACCUUGAACAAAAGGAAGGGGAUCAAGCAUUGGCAGAGUAUAUUAUCAAGAAUCUCAAACUUGCAGAAUACAUAAGCGCAUUUACUAAAACUGAAUGUGGUGGUUCUUAUCUCUAUGGUGUCCAUGAGGAAAAUUGUUUUCUGGAGGGAUAUGGUUAUGAAACUAAAGUAAUCCGCAUCCAGCCUGUUGUUCUGAGGGACAGAACUGCAUUCAAGGACACGUUAGAGGAUAACAUUGAGAAUACUGUUCUCGUCUGUGACUAUGAUGGAAACGAAGUAUCUGUCAAAGAUGAGAUUAUAUUCCAAGUUCACUUUAUUCCUUGCACACCAGCAGAGGAAGAAGUUUAUCUGAGAGAAAACUGUGAAUCUGUAAAUCACGGACAUGGUGAUGUAGAUCAAGUAGUUGUUCAUGUUUCAGUCAGACCAGUGAGCGGGAUAGUGUUCUAUGACAAACAAGGACCACUUGCAUAUCGAUAUGACAAACAAUUCAAAUUGAUCACACGGAUUAAUAUCAAGGAUUGGGUACGUGCUCUCACAAAACGAUCGGAAACACCGGAGUGAACUGAUAUAUAACAA